AUGAGGAGGACCAUGGCAAGGCGGACCACAGAGAAACCCACUACCACGAAGAAGACGAGGGCAGCGAGCUCGUCGCGGAAGGCCGGGGAUGCUGCGGCGUCUGGAUCGGGCGUGGUGAAGAAGGAAGAGGACUCUGCUGAUGCAGCGCUCCAGGGCGGCAAGGGCAAGCAACCCGCGCGCGCCCCGCGCAUGGAGAACGAGACAGCCGGCCAAGACACUCUGAAGAGGAACAGGGUGGAGUCCAGCAGAACAAGGAGUCCUGGAAAUAUGACCCGGUGGAGUAGGAGGUCAUCCUACAGGUUGUCCUCGAGCGCUUGGGCGACAGGAUUUAUUUGCGGUAAGGGCUACGGCUACGAACAGUGGUACUCUCGGGUCGCGCAUCACGUCAAGAUCGAGCUGGCCAAGAACAAGGGUUACAUGAAGACCCACGGAUCUCUUCUGGAAGAACGCUUCGGGAGGGCGGAGAUGCAACACCUCAGGGGCUGGUUCGUCGCGCAGAAGGAGAAUUACACGACAGCCAUGAAGAAGAAAGGCACGGGCUCGGAAGGAGGCCGGAUCCAGAGGUCUCCCAACAAAAUCCAGCAGCUGAGGGCCCACAUCUUCUCCGGCAACGCUGCUGCGAACAAGCGGAAGUUUAUGUUGGAGGUCGUCUCUCUUAAGAACGGGAAGCGCCAUAAGGUCGCGCAUGCAGAUGCCGGUGGUGCGGCUAGUGCCUCGGGUGGUGGCGCCAGCAGUGGUCAGGGUGGGGGAAAGGGGAAGGGGAAACGGCGUCAGAGUAAUGGAGUUCGCGGCGGAGGUGACGACACGAGCGGGAAAUCCCAAGCGCCCGGUGGCGACGACGCGACGGGGGAAGGCAGCGGCGGGGGAAAAAAUAAAAGUCGUCGGAAGGCAGCGAUGGUGGCGGCGGAGGAGGAUGACCAAGAGGAUCCCCCGAUGGACGUAGGCGGAGAUGACUGGGCCCCCUCAGAAUCGGAGGACGAAGAGGAACUGCGCAGCCGAGGGGGGGCUGGUGGGGAGGGCGGUAUGUCUGACGGCGACUUGCAAGACGUGGCUGACGACAGCUCACCAGACGUGGUGGAAGUGAAGCGUAAGGGUCGCCGCAGAAAAUCUGAUAAGUUGGAUCCUAAAAGUUUCCAGCUCACAGCAACGAAGGAGAGAGACGCACGUGACAAAGUGUUCACGUCCACCAUGCUACAAGGUGUAGGAAUGAUCAUCGGCGGGCAUGGGCAGGACGGGUCAGGCGCCGCCGAUGGUGCCGGUGGUGCGUCUGGCGUGAAUCGGGGGAAGAUGGAGGCAGCGGAGAAAUCAGUCUCUCUGCUCAGAAGCAGUUGGAUGGACUCCAUUGUGGCCGAGAAACACGGGUACGGCAGUCAGGCCGAAGUAAAAGGACAUUACGAUAAAUACCAGGCAGCCGUUGCCCGGCAGCAGGCCUUGAUCUCCGGAGUCAACGACGGGUGA